AAUCAUCAAUCACUUAUCUCCACACUGUUGUCUGUUAUAACUUAUACGAGGAGAGAGAAUAUUUUCGAGGAAGACAAAACAAAAGAUGUCGACUCUCAGCGUACCUCCAACGCUUGUUUCUCCUCGCGAUGAUGUUUUACACCUUCACAAGGCCUUCAAAGGGUUUGGUUGUGACACUUCUGCGGUGAUCAAUAUACUUGCUCAUCGUGAUGCUUCACAGCGCACAGUUAUCCAACAUGAAUAUAGAGCUCUGUACUCUGAAGAUAUUCUUAACCGUUUGACGAAGGAGCUGACCGGUAAACUAGAGAAUGCAGUUCUCCUCUGGAUGAAAGACCCAGCAACGCGCGAUGCUGUUGCUCUGAGGCAGGCACUGCUCGCAAAUGAUCUCAGAGGUGCCACUGAAGUUAUAUGUUCUCGUACACCUUCCCAGAUACUGACCUUCAAGCAGAUCUAUCUUUCCAGGUUUGGAUCCUACCUAGAGCAUGAUCUAGAAAAAUAUGCCUCUGGAGACCACAAGAAGCUUUUGCUAGCAUAUGUAAGCAUACAGCGUUAUGAAGGCUUUGAAGUUGACAGAAUGAUUGCUGAGAAUGAUGCAAAGACACUCUAUCGAGCCGGGGAGAAGAGACUGGGUACUGAUGAGGACAUCUUCAUUAAAAUUUUUAGUGAGAGAAGCAGGGCACACUUAGCCGUUGUAGAUUCAACCUACAAUGGCAUGUAUGGACACUCUCUAGAAAAGGCUAUAAAGAAGGAAACAUCAGGAUUGUUUGCAUAUGCUCUUUUGACUAUCGUAAGAUGUGCGGAAAACCCAGCAAAAUACUUCGCGAAGGUACUACGAAAAGCAAUGAAGGGGUUAGGAACCGAUGAUACAACACUCAUUAGGGUUAUUGUGACAAGGGUAGAGAUUGAUAUGCAGUACAUAAAGGCUGAGUACCAAAAGAAGUAUAAGAAGUCGUUGGUUGAUGCAGUUCACUCGGAAACAUCAGGAAACUAUAGGAAAUUUCUUCUUGCACUGCUGGGUCCGAAGCAUUGAGGAUACACAUAUGUGCAUGGUUCUGCUUGUUAUAUAAAUGUGGCCGUUGAUUUUUAAACGUGCGUGUGCAAUUGUAAGUACAUCGUUUGUCGUAUCAGAUUCUAAGUCAGAUUGCGUGGAUAAGCAAGUUUUUAUAUCUGUGUUUCUAAUGUAAGUAUUGUUAGCUUGGUCAGCAUUGUGGACUUUUUAUACCUAAGCUUAUCUGAGUAAACAUGUAAGAGAGUGCUAACUGGCAAGUAGUUUUGGGUAGUUUACCUUUUGAAUUCAUAACUAGUUAUUAGUA